UGUUUCGACCUUUUCCGGUUUAGGCGUAUACCAUGGCGGUCGGUAAAAAUAAGGGUCUCUCGAAAGGUGGAAAGAAAGGUGGUAAAAAGAAGGUGGUGGAUCCAUUCUCUCGCAAAGAUUGGUACGAUGUUAAGGCUCCAAACAUGUUCCAAACCAGGCAGAUUGGUAAAACCUUGGUUAAUCGUACGCAAGGACAACGCAUUGCUUCUGACUAUUUGAAAGGUCGCGUUUUUGAAGUCUCGUUGGCCGACUUGCAAAAAGAUAUUGAUCCCGAGAGAUCUUUUCGCAAGUUCCGUCUCAUCGCUGAAGAUGUGCAGGACCGCAAUGUGCUGUGUAAUUUCCAUGGCAUGGAUUUAACUACAGACAAGUACAGAUCGAUGGUCAAGAAAUGGCAAACCCUCAUCGAGGCUAUCGUUGAGGCCAAGACCAUCGAUGGAUAUCUAUUGCGCGUGUUUUGCAUAGGCUUCACUUCCAAGGAUCAGCAGUCCCAGCGCAAGACGUGCUAUGCCCAACAAUCGCAGGUCCGUAAGAUUCGCGGUCGUAUGACGGACAUUAUCAACAAUGAAGUCAGCAGUGCCGAUCUUAAGCAACUGGUUAAUAAGCUAGCACUCGACUCGAUCGCCAAGGAUAUAGAGAAGAGCUGUCAGCGCAUUUAUCCCUUGCAUGAUGUGUAUAUCCGUAAGGUCAAAGUGCUCAAGAAGCCCCGCUUCGAUGUGUCUAAACUGCUGGAGCUGCAUGGCGACGGUGGUGGCAAGACAUCUGAAGCUGUAGUAUCCGCUGAGGGAGCCGUCAUUGAUCGUCCAGAAGGUUAUGAGCCACCUGUGCAAGAGGCCGUUUAAAUUGGAGUGCUAUUGUAAAUUUCCAAUGCAUUCAAACUAUUGAAUAAAAUAUACAAUGAUAAAAAAA